GUUCUCCCCAGCAGGCUAUGCGGUGACUGACUCAAAGGCUAGCAAGCCCCUAUACCAUCUCCUCUUUUCCUCUUCUUGUUUAUUCUUCCUAUUAUCUCUAAUGCUCGUCGUGCACCCCGCCAGUCUCUGUGAUGUCUGUCUCGAUCCGUACAGUAAUUCUCUCGAGCCUCAUGCCAUCGCUUGUGGCCAUAUUUUCUGUCUCACUUGUCUAAAAUCCCUCUCCCCGAGUGCCUGUCCCCUCUGCCGAAAGGCUUUCGACCAAUCCCGCGUCAAAAAACUCCACGUCGCGGCUCCACCCGAACUCGACAACAGCGACAACGACGGCACCGGAUCUCAAGCCUAUGUUCUCCUUCAACGGGUCGCUCUCGCUUCGGGCGAGAAUGUGUCAGAGGACGAGGUUGUAGAGGUCGUCACGGAGGUCGACGAAUGGCUCGCAGCACAGGCUGACGAAUCCACUUCGAACCUCCCACUGCGCGCUGCCAUGGCCGCCCUCCGUCGCUUUCAGGCACUGCAAGAGCGUGCGGAGCGCGAGAAGAUUGAGCAUUUGCAGCUGAAAAACCAGCUGCGCUCUAGCAAACGUACUGCUGACCAGGACCUUAAAACGUCUCGAGCGGUAGAGGAGAGCCUGCUCGGCAGGAUCCAGGUCAUCGAGAAUGAGCACGCUGCGUACUUAUCGAAACUACGUGCCGAGCUUGAUGCACAUCGCGCUGCCCAUCGAUAUCGCAAGGGCGGCAGCAACCCACUUCCGCCUCCACCGCAACCGUUGCCUUUCGAUCAAUUCCCUGGAUUCCACGGAUCCGCCAUCCAUCCAGGCCAGAACGGUUCUGGCCAAACCAACAACGCACCCCCAUCUCGAACGAGGGGCCAGCACAGUAACAACACUUCUUCCGGGCCUCCCGCGCUGAAAGCGAGAGGAACCUCACACACUAGCUAUUUUCCACCUACCCAAGAGCCCACUCGUGCUCGGUGGCCAGACAAUCAGAACGGCGCCCAGCGCAACCCCACGAACCCGGCUGGCCAGCAGCCGGUACCCCACGCACCCCCGGAGAGACGCACGAAGAGUGAUGACACCUCAAGGGAGCGGACCCACGCCGUCGCCCCCGCGCCUGCUCCUCCCCAGCGCACUAUCCCCCCUACGGCUCGCUCCGACUCAGACGCUGUAUCCUAUACCAAUGGGUCCAGUCGAUGGACGCCAUGGAGCGAUACCACCUCAAACUCUACAAACGGCACGCACGGCCGCCGGGCCCGCGAUGAUGGAUCCGGCAACGUCGAGCCGCGCAUGUCUUCAGCAGCUGCAUAUGUUAACGGAUAUGGUGCAGGCCUCGAGUCCGGAUACGCGCUCGCGUACGAGUCGGCCCCAACACCGGGCUCUUCCUACGACGACCACAUUCACGAGAUCGAACAGCUCGGCCACACCAUCGGGAGCUUGGGUCUGGUCGGCGUUCCGGAGCCCAUCGCAACGGGCACUGUGACGUCCGAGCAGGCCGGCUCUAGGGACGCUAGGCUCAGCAGACGAAACACCACUGGGAAUGCUCAGACGUCGGCAUCUAGGACUGCGCGAACACGUGAACGUAUCCCAUUGGUCGAGGGGCAGGCUGAGGCACGCCCCCGCCAGGCGCCCACACUGAGCCAGAUCCUCGAGAGGGACGCCAGAGAGAACGGGGCGGCCACUGGUGAAUCCAGGGGAGCCCUGGCUCGCAUCGCAGCUUUGGCUAGUGACCUGGAUCAGAGUUCGCCGCUUAGCACGACGUCCUGGGGGACCGUCCACACGGUCUCGCGGGGAAGCAUGAGCGAGCUGGGUCUGAUCGGGCUCCAAGAUGGAGGAGUGACGGGUGUGAUUGGGCUGGAGAGCAUCGCAGGCAGCCCAGAGCCGAUGUCAGGGGAUGACGAUGACGAGGAAGAGGACGAUGCAGGGACGCCCGUGGUGGCAGCAAGGAGAGAGAGCGCUCCAGAUAACUCACUCCUUGGACUCAUAAGGGAAGACGAUGCUUCUGAUGAGACCGCAAAUGGCGUCUCAUCUCGGGGGCGUUCGGCCUCAAACUCUGAGCGUUCCACGCGGCACGGCGACCUCGGCCGCAGUGCCUCUCAAGGGCAGCAGCAGCAGCAGCCACAACAACCUCAACCUGCUGCUCCUUCAUCUACCAACGGAGAAAAUCGCGCUCGCCACCACCACCGACACGCAUCUGCGCAUCGCUCGAGCGCUUCCUCUUCCUCUUCCUCGUCACGCUCCGGGGGUCAGAUCGCCGACGCUGGCAACGCCCUGGGCAUUUCCCUCGGCGGCUCUUCGUCUUCCUCGUCGCACCUCCCUUCCACUUCCAUCAACACCUCGUCUUCUUCCGUGCGUUCGCAGCACCUGGUGACUUCUAUGAACUAUAGGCCGGAGAUCAUCGCACCCACACCCAUCGUCGGCGGACCGAACAUUGCUCAAAUGUGGGCAAACCGCGCAUGAUGAAUGGAGUUCUUUUUCUCUUUGAUGAUCUCUCAUAGAACCCUAUCUUGCUUUUUCGUCUCGCUCUUUCCCAAACUCUCUUUACCCCACAUUGUCUCCACGCCGUCUCUGCGCGACUACCGCACGUUUCCGUCGUCCGUCUCCAUCCACGUACAUAGAACGUUCUUUCACGUUACCCCGUUUGAUUGUUUAUCUCUGCGAUGCCUGUCCUCGUCUCAUUCUCGUUUCUUUCAUUCUCGUCGUUGCUCUGAUCUUGCACUCUAUCUAAAGCUGUAUCUCUGAAAGUUUCCUCUGCUCGUCUAUUCCUCUAACUCUAACUCUAUUUCCCUGUCUAUCCACCCAUCCAUCCUAUAUCGCUCUCAUGGUCUCUCUAGUACUAAUCGGAAUCAUGUGUUGUAGUACUGAUCGCCCCC